UCUUUAUUUUAUUUGAUAGAAAAACUCCAUUGUAGUUAUAGCUAGCACCAUGAACGGUGUGUGCAAUUUAAUGCAAGGGCUGAAACCAGCGUUACUAAUGGUGUUUACGCAGAUUGCAUAUGCUGCGGCGAAUAUCGUCUACAAGCUCGCCAUAAAUGAUGGAAUGAGCAUGAGAGUUGCAACUGCUUAUCGCCUCAUUUUCGCAUCGGCUUUCACAGUUCCACUUGCUCUUAUCCUUGAUAGGAAGAAGAGGCAAAAAAUUACUUGGAGGGUGAUUUUUAUGGCAUUUCUCUGUGGAUUGUUUGGUGGAAGUUUAUUUCUAAACCUUUACGCCGUUGGUUUGGCUUUGACCUCUGCAACGUUUAUGUUGGCGGUGUUAAACCUUGUUCCAGGCGUUACAUUCAUCAUGGCCACUUCUUUUGGAUUGGAAAAACUGAAUUUUGGAGCAGCAGAAGGGAAGGCCAAGGUGAUAGGAACAGUUGUUGGAAUUAGUGGUGCAAUGUUGAUUACCUUUCUCAAAGGGUUUGAAAUUAAUAUUUUAUCUUCCAAAAUUGACCUUAUGCAUCCACAUCAUGACCAAAGUGGGCAUAUGAUGCGGCCUCAUGUAGAUUUUAGUAAUAAACUAUUAGGGGUUCCAUGCGCCUUAGCAAGUUGCUGCUCUUUCUCUUUGUGGUUAAUCAUUCAGGCUAAGAUGAACCAAGAAUAUCCAAGCUAUCACUCAAGCUCAGCUUUGAUGUCAACAAUGGGAGCAAUACAAUCUACUAUUAUUGCUCUUUGUGUUGAUAGAGAUUGGAGCCAAUGGAAGUUAGGUUACAAUAUCAGGCUGCUAACCGUGGCUUAUUCGGGAAUUGUGGCUUCUGGUAUGGUGGUUAUUGUAAUUUCGUGGUGCGUGAAGAUGAGAGGUCCUCUAUUUGCAUCCAUCUUUAAUCCUCUACAACUUUUGCUUGUGGCAAUCGCUGCUUAUUUAUUAUUGGAUGAGAAAUUAUAUUUAGGAAGUGUGGUUGGAGCAGUACUGAUCGUGUGUGGCUUAUAUGGUGUGCUAUGGGGUAAGAGCAGAGAAAUGAAAAAGAAGACUCAACUAGUGCCAUUAGAUCAAAACACCACGGAGCCCGAAGUCAUUGAAGUUACUGUUAUGUCCACGCCUGAAAAUUGUGACAAAUGUGUCCAGAGCUACCAAAGUCAAACUAGUUAGUGAUAAAUUUGUGGGUAAUUUGAUUGUAGUUGAUUCGUGAUUUUGGGUUUUAGCUAGUAAGAGUGUAGUAACUGUAACUUCUACAUUGACAUUUUAUAGUAUUUCAUUAUUAUUUUACUACAUUAUAAAAAAUGAAAAACAAUGCGAUCGACCCAUUGUUUCUUA